AAUCCAACGGAGCCGACGCUGUCACAGGAUUCUCAGCGUUACCCAUCCCUCCUUGUCUCAAAAAUAUAAGAUCCUAGAAGUGGCCGAGAGCUACGAGCUCACUAGUCCCAUCACUCUCCAUCUCUUGCUCUAUUCCUGUCACCAUGUUGACGCUAAACAAAAGAGCAAAGCUCCUGUUCGCUAUACUUUCCAUCCUUACUCUCCCUCUACUGCUGCUAAUACUUCCCAUAGAACGAAAAUCCUCGGCCAUUGGCCGCCGCCAAAACCAUCUCCACAUUCGGUCCGACCUUCAAGUCGCCUCCCGGCAUUGCGACGGCACCCUCUACCCGGACCUCUGCGUUUCGACACUCGCCGACAUCCCCAACCUCAGCUCCAAACCCCUACCCGACGUGAUCGCCGCCGUCGUCAACCGCACCGCCGCCGCCGUCCGCUCCUCAGCCUCCAACUGCACAUCCUACCUCCACCGCCGCGGCCACAUGGACUUCCGCCAGCGCCUCGCCCUCAACGACUGCCUUGAACUCUUCGACCAGACCCUCGAUGACCUUCGUACCGCCAUCGCCGACCUCGCCGGCUGCAACUCCUCCGCCCACGUGAGCGACCUCCAGACGGUGCUCUCCGCCGCCAUCACCAACCAGUACACCUGCCUCGACGGCUUCGCCUACGUCAACGGCGGCGGCGUUCGGCCGUCCAUCGAGGGCCGGCUCUACCACGUCUCCCACCUCGUCAGCAACUCCCUCGCCAUGGUGAAAAAGAUCCGCCGGCAGCGUCGGGGGAGGGAGGCGUUUGAGGAGUACGGCCGGAUGUCGGGGGGGUUUCCGACGUGGGUGACGAGGAAGGACCGGCGGCUGCUGCAGGCGGCGGCGAAUGCGACGUCGCCGGACCUGGUGGUGGCGAAGGACGGCAGCGGCAACUUCACCACCAUCGGGGAGGCGGUGGCGGCUGCGCCGAACAACUCGGCGACGAGGUUCGUGAUCUACAUAAAGGCCGGGGCGUACUUCGAGAACGUGGAUGUGGCGAAGAACAAGAAGAAUUUAAUGUUCAUCGGGGACGGGAUCGGGAAGACGGUGGUGAAAGCCAGCCGGAAUGUGGUGGAUGGCUGGACCACCUUCAGGUCGGCUACUGUUGCUGUGGUUGGCGAUGGAUUCCUUGCGCGAGAUAUCACAAUAGAGAACUCAGCAGGACCUAGCAAGCACCAAGCCGUUGCCCUGAGGGUUGGCGCUGACCUCUCCGCCUUCUACCGUUGCAGUUUUGUGGCCUACCAAGACACUCUAUACGUCCACUCUCUUCGCCAGUUCUACAGGGACUGUGAUGUUUACGGAACCGUAGAUUUCAUAUUUGGGAAUGCAGCGGUGGUGCUCCAAAGCUGCAACUUGUAUGCUCGGAAACCCGAUCCGAACCAGAAGAAUAUAUUCACAGCCCAAGGGAGGGAAGACCCCAAUCAGAACACCGGCAUUUCCAUCCAGAAGUGCAAGGUGGCUGCAGCCUCCGAUCUCAUCCCGGUGCAAUCCAACUUCUCCACAUACCUGGGUCGGCCAUGGAAACAAUACUCGAGGACAGUGUUCAUGCAGUCAUUCCUUGGUAGUUUGAUAGAUCCUGCAGGGUGGCUGGAAUGGGAUGGUGACUUCGCACUGAGCACUCUAUACUAUGGAGAGUACAUGAACCAAGGACCAGGUUCUAAUACCUCUAGAAGAGUGACAUGGCCAGGAUACAGGGUCAUCACCAGUGCAGCAGAAGCUAGCAACUUCACCGUGGCAUCAUUCAUCCAGGGUGAUCAGUGGUUGGGUGCAACUUCUGUUCCAUUUACUUCAGGGUUAUGAGGGGGAAUAGCUUAGCCGUCGAGUCCUCGGAUUUUUCGGAAUAAAGGCUUUGCCUACUCUAGGGUUGAUGGAUUAAUAGUUGCAAUAUUAAAGCUUGAGGAAGUAUGUUGGCCACCUUCCACUAUGGGCUGUGACUAAUUUGCUUGAAAGGGUGUGUCGGAUUGGUCUUUGAUUUAAUUCAAAAUGUGGUAUGGGAUUAACUUAAGAAAAAUUCAUCGAUGUUGCUGCGAUC